AAAUUCUACGCGUCUUGCAUGGUGAGCGACAGCUGGAAAUGGUCCGUCGUGAUUUGCUCAGCGACCGCUAAUAAAAAAUCGAUUUACUCAAAGCAAAAUUUAUCUCCCUAUAUACCGAAUCAAAAACAAAGGUUAUCUCAAUCUAGUUUCAUAUUUACAUACGUAUUGAGUGAAUACACGACACUUCAACUAAGAAUGGACAUUCUCAGAUAAGACAGCACUUGUGCCAUUCGUGCAGCAUGUGAUUGCGUCUAUUGAUACAAGUUGUGUAAUCCUCUGUGUGAUGAUAGUGCCUUUUGGAUACCUUGUAGUAUUUACUGUUGACCUCUUAGCCACCUCUGGCGACAUAGCUUUAUCAUGGACCUCUCCGAUGUUACCAAAACUUCAGUCCAACGACUCAAGCAUCAACCCCUUGGGACGCCCAAUCACAAAAGACGAAGAUUCCUGGAUCGCCUCAUUGCUGAAUAUUGUAGCUGCAGUAGGAAGCUUCCCGUUCAGCAUCAUUGCAGACAAAUUCGGUAGAAGAAUCGGCCUGAUUGCUAUAGCAGUGCCAUUCAUCGUAUCGUACUUAACUCUGGCCAUGGCUAAGAAUUUAUAUUGGUACUAUUUUGCUAGAGCUAUUGGAGGACUAGCUAUAGGAGGCGGAUAUGCCCUUUUACCGUUAUAUAUAGCUGAAGUAUCGAAGGACUCUAACAGAGGUGCAAUGUCUCAGACGCUUAACGUGUUCUGGGCAAUUGGAAAUUUUAUACCGUACGCUAUUGGACCUUUUAUAUCCAUAUUUUGGUUUAAUGUGAUAUUGGCGUGUCUGCCUGCCAGUUUCCUUGUGAUAUUUUCGAUUUCGGGACCAGAAUCGCCUUAUUAUCUCGUCAAAAGAAACAAAAUCAGGGAAGCUGAAAAUGUUCUCAUGAAACUUCGAUCUAAGUCUAGGGAUGAAAUUCAGAGUGAGCUGUCCUGCAUAAAAACCAAUCUGAAACAAGAUGAUAACCAGCAAGGAUCAUUUUUUGAUAUUCUGACGAACAGAAAGCUGCUGAAAAUAUUUAUAAUGUGUUUGAUCUUGGUGCUGACACAAGAGUUAUCAGGUUUUUGUGCUAUAAUGUAUCAUUUAGAGAUGAUAUUCGCAGUUUCUGGAACGAAUUUGGACUCUGGCGUCUGCGCACUUAUAGUCGGCUUUGCUUCUAUGAUCUCUAGUCUGAUAUCUCCCUGUUUAAUUGACAGAGCUGGAAGACGAUUCUUGAUUAUAUCUUCAUGUAUUGGAAUGUUUUUAGCACUAGCUUUACUCAGUAUUUUCUUUUACAUUCAAGACGAAACAGAUAUAAGCAUUAAUUAUAUAUUCUGGGUGCCGAUUUUUAGUCUCAUUUUGUACAUUUUUUCGUUUAACUUUGGGAUAUGUUGUGUCCCAUGGACACUAAUAUCGGAAAUUUUUCCGACUAAUGUAAAGCACAUAGCAGCUUCUAGUAUAACAAGUAUAACGUGGAUCACUUCUUUUUUGACUACUUCUUAUUAUAACACUAUUAAUAGCUGGAUAGGAUUGUCAGGUACAUUUUGUUUCUAUUCCCUAUUUUGUAUAUUUGCAGCUAUAUAUAGUACGAUAGCGGUUCCAGAAACCAAAAAUAAAAGUUUCUCGGAAAUACAGGAAAUGAUACAGAAUGGAAAAGUUGAUAGAAAGACGUACGUAGAAGGCGAAAUACUUUUGCAUGAAAUAAAAACGUAGUAUUUGUUUACUCAGUAUAUGUAUAUUUUGAAAAUGUGAUAUGACAGAUAUAUAACAUUAAAACCGUCAAGAAGGAAAUCUAUAAUUCGAGUUAUUCCUUUAGUAUGCCUACUCUGUAAUUAUACUUGUCUCAAACUUGAGUACAAAACUUAAGAGCCUAUUAUUUGCUCGAAGAAAAUUAUGAUAAAUUUUUUGAACAUGUACAAGCGUCUGUUUCGCUAUGUAAAAUAUUUACUAAACCUUUACGCAUAGGUCCACUUAUGCACAUCUAUGAUAAAAGUUUUUACCGACAGCCAUGGCAAGGUAAGGCAGUCGUUUUUAACGUAAUAUCUGAAACUUAUCCCAUUGUCUUGAUGCUGAUUUUUCACCAUGUUUUUCUACCGUUAAAUGAAACCACAUAUAUAGAUUUGAUUUUUUACUGAUGUUUUAAAUUGACAUUAAAUGUAGACACAAUAAACACGACAACGUUAAUUUUGGAAUAAUUUAUAUUAGCGAUCUCUAUAAGGCUACGUAUAUGCUGGCUAUAAUUUAUCAAUUUAGGAGCAUCUUUGUAUACAAAUACAGUAGUAAAUAAAUUGUUAUGUUUGUAGUUCUUUUGGAUUUUUUGACAAGGUGUUACAAUAAAAAGAAAUGUAGCGUUAGAUUUAUUUAUUGUUCCAGAUUAUAUUAAUGUUAC